CUGGACUUGGACUUGUCAGGACGCUGGCACUGGCACUGGACUCUCUCAUUCACACCACACUCUUCUCCCACUCCCACUUCCAUCCCCGAACCUCCUGCCUCCUGCCUCCUGCCUCCUUACACUCUCGUUUCCCCUCCUCUUUCUCUGGUUUUGCUCUUCCUUUCUCAUCAACCCCUCUUUCGCAACAACAACAACAACAACAACAACAGCAACAACACACUGCCAUCGCAUCAACCACGCAUCCACCGUCAACCGUUCUAAUCCCUCACCAACCCCAUCCCCAUUGCCAUCCCCAUCAUCAAGCACACCUGGCGACGCACAUUCCGCCACCUAAUACCACUUAACAACACCCGACGAACGCGACUUGCGACCCAUUCUUGCCCACCACAGGCGAGAAUCUGUCCCCGUCGCGACACUGGCCGCUGCCACCAUUAUACCCACAACACACAACUCUAUGCCCACGAAAUACCAACAAAUGAACCCUACAUUGCAAAGAACUCAAGUUACACUUUAAGCCCUACGCCCACGCUCGCGAGCCAGACGGUCGAUAUUCAACCAUCGAGGGUCUGAAGAAGGAGGAUAGGGUAGACAGGACAAGAGCAGCAAGCACAGCAAGGAUACACAGUCAAACCAUUGCACAGCAUCACCACUCAACGCGAGAACAUCAGCAGCAGCAACACACUCAACAUGCCUGUCGCCAGUAUGACCGUCCUGCCCACUGCGGCAUCGUCGUCGGCUAUGCGCAAGUCGUCGUCGUCGUCAUUAGCCCCAGAGAAGAAGUACAAGUGCCAGUUCUGUAAUCGAGCCUUCAGCAGGAGUGAGCAUCGCAGCAGACAUGAGAGAUCACACACCAAGGAGCGCCCUUUCAAGUGCAUGAAGUGUAGAAGUACCUUCGUGCGACGCGAUUUAUUGCUUCGACAUGACCGGACGGUGCACGCCAAAGAUGGAGGCGUCCCUCUUCACAGCGACGUAAAGCGACGAGCGGGACCCAAGCCCAGUCCAAUAGCCGGUCCAUCCAAGUCAGCCAUUGCCAUUGACACCUCGGCCCUCGAGCAGAUCGAGGCGAGCAGUGAUGGGAUGGUGGAUCUCGAGACGGCGGCGAUGCUGAUGACUGAUCUGCACCACAAAGCAACUGCGGCGAUGCGCAACGCGGGCGUGGGCCCAUAUGAGAAUAGACCUGGAAUGGCUUUCUCGCAUGGAUCUGCACUUCUGGAGCCAUCCGUCACAUUUCCAUCGGGAGCCAUCUCACUUCCUCAGGUGCAGUGGGAUUCAUUCAUGCCGCAGUCAGUUACUGAGCCAAAGUCGCAUUCAAUCACUUCCACCGCCUCCGGGUCGCAAGAGUCGCAGACCUCCUUCACCAGUACGAGCACCAUGCAUCCGCAUCCAAAUCAGUUACCUCCCAUCAACAAGGCGGCAGCUUCGGGCUACAAUGGUCUCGUUCCAGCUCUUCAGCAGAUGAUCAACUCUUUGCCGCCUUCGGGAACCGCCACACCAAGUCAGAUGUCCCCAUCUCAAUCCCGUAAUGGACAACAGUCCCCAAAGGCUCCCGAGGUUCUCAACGACGAUGAGCGUAACAUCAUUCUUGACAACAUUCGCGAUGGUGACAGUGAACGCGCCAUCCCAGAGAGCUUCCGUCUUCCAAGCUUGGGCUCCUUGAACAGGUACCUCCAGACUUAUUUCGGAUUGUUUCAUCAUCAUCUGCCCUUCUUGCAUCCGGCGUCAUUCAAAGCAAGUGAUGCUUCGCCGCCACUACUGUUGGCCGUCCUCUCCAUCGGUGCGUUGUAUGCGUUUGAUCAAGAUCAAGCAUACAUCCUUCACAUCGGCUCCAAGGUCCUCGUCAACCAGUUCUUGCAGAACAAGGAGAACUUCAGCUCGCGAAAGUGCCCUCUCUGGACUAUGCAAAGUUCUCUACUCAACAUGAUCUUUGCUAGCUGGAGUGGUGAUCCGAAGGGUCUCGAGUGGGCUUGUUCUAUCAAGAGUCUACUCGCCAACAUGGUCGCUGGCAAUCGCUACGAGUUGAAGAUACGGACGGACAAACGCGAAGGGGCUCAACCUACUCGAGCAGAGUGGGUAGAAGACGAAGGCUGCAGACGUACUUACUAUGCCGUCUACAUUUUUUUCGGGCUAUUGACUCUGUCAUACAACCAUACUCCAGCGAUCAGCUUCAACGAGUUUGAAGACCUCUCCUUGCCAUCGACCGAGGAGAUGUGGAAUCUCAAUACUGUAGACGAAGCCACCUGGUCAGAACAACUCGCAGCGUCACAAGCUCCAUCGUUCAUGGAAGCCCACGACAACCUGUUCCAAGGAGAAUCCUUACGCUACAGCGCUUUUGCCACUCGUGUCAUGAUCAACGCGCUCUUCCUUGAAGUUUGGUACCAUAAGCGCAGCCCAGAAGCUCUCCAAGAUGUGGUUACCGAGUACAAACUUCGUCUGGCUCUGGAGACAUGGGAGAAAUCGCUUGAUCUUUGUGAGCCUGAAUUUGCUUCGGUCCCACUCAGUGCUCCUCACAAGGGCCACCCGCUGAUCUUCAAUGCCACGGCCAUGUUCCGAAAUGCACGUGCCCGUCUUGAAGUCGACCUCAAGUCGAUUCAAGAGGUCUUGAGGUAUCAUGACUGCUACGAGGUUGCUGCUGCCAUGAGCAACGCACGGGACAAGGUCAAGAGAUCCAGCGAGAUGAUCAAGGUUAUUCAAGAAUGUUUCAACUGCAUUGAAACUGCAGCUCUGCAAGGAAUCCGAUGGGUGGCUCGCACCUCGCCCACUAAUUGGAGCAUCGAACAUCCACUUUGUGGUCUUGACCUCAUGGUUAUCCUCAGCUUGUGGCUCUAUCGCCUGGAAAAUGACGACGAGCCCGCAACUGAGGAAGAAACGGUCAUGUACCAGAAGAUUCGGGUUCUCUUUGACGAUGACUCUGUCGAGAUCGUUGGCAACAAGCUUAGCUCAACCGUGGCACGCCUUUGGGGAAGUAUGCUGGAUGAAGUUGUCGUCUGGGGUAUCACCAAGAUCAUGGGUGAAUCCUUCCGCUUCCACUCCCAAGCUCUCAUCGGCUAUGAGGAUGAUAUCGAAGGCUCUGAUGUCUCAACACCGUCGAUGAUUUCUCAGGGACCAGACGACAAUGACGACAGUGUGUAUUAAAUUUGUCGAAGUUGCAUUUAACGAUCUCCAUGAUUUCCUAUGUUUUUUAGACACUGAUAUCCGGCCCAAUCCCAUCUCACGCAUUCUCGUUUAAAACUCUCCUUUGUCAAUUGCAUAAGCGUCGUCGUUUUGCAGGCUUGGAUUUGGCUUGCGGACAGAAAGGCAUUUCCUAAAGAACAAGGUCACGGGCAACAAUACGGGGCUGGUCUGGUUCGGCUUGGCUUGGCCAAGCAUGCGAGAUCUUAUUCUCUCUCUCUCUUUCCUCAUAUACCACAUCUCACGGCGCGUCAUUGUCAUUCGGCGUAUCCUGCUUAAUCUCGCACGCACGCACAACUGGCUGGCCCACCCAGUGUGUUGUUUCUGCCCUUGUCCUAUUAGCUACUUUUUAUUCCUUCAUGCAAAAUUUUGUGUCUGUUUCUUCAGGGAUCGGUUAUUGGCAGCAUAUUACUUAUUUAAUAGUGGUCGUUUAUACCUCUCCCCUUCUCCUCGUCAUCAUCAUUCAUCUCAUCUUUACUCAUCAGAUACCUUGUUCGAUAUACAAUCUUGCUAUUUAUUCGGCUUUAGGCGCUCUGUUCUUGCCUGCAUCGAGUCUUUUCCUUUACAUCUGCAGAUUUGGCUGGAUUCGAUUCUCUUGAUUUUAUCUUUCAUUCCCAUUUGUAUUUAGUUUUCUUGGCUCCUUGGAGCAGGCGAGGAGAACUGGAUAUUAAGCAAUGGUGGUUGAGGAAUACACAAUUUGAUAUUGAGUGGAGGGUCUAAGGGUCAUUGUCGUUGUAUAAAUAAUCAGUAGCGAAGUCGGCAUUCUAUUGAUUGUUUUACCCUAAACUGCAUGUGUCCGAUGUAACCUGUGUGCAAUGCCCCCUCCAAGACAUUUUACCUCCUCAAUACCAAUGUGAGUUCCCUCAUCACCCUACCUAGGUAUGGUGGUUCUCAUAUAUGUCCCGGUGACAACGUCUCAGCUCCACCAGUCUCCCAUUCGCGAACCCGGGCGCGCCUUCCGCUUUCGUUCCUACCUGAGGGAGAUGAAAUGACGAAUGGCCUGGUAGUCUGUAGCUGUUCACUUUAUUCAGAAUGGGGUUGAAAAGCAUCAGAAAGUAAAGGAUCCGGCUAAGCACUGUGGUCAAUUCCGUGGUAGUAAAGGAUUAGAGCGAACGGUCCUACUCAUCAACAACAUAUACUGCGUUCUGACGUGCGUGUUUUUGGGUUGCAGGGAGUGCAAUUGGAUCCUCGGGUAACGUCGUAAGGCCGGGAAAUUGGGGAUGGGCGAUUAAGGUUGCAGACGGGUGGUCCGAGAUAAGGAAACAUUCUUGGAUAGUUAAUUGAUCUGGUACCUUGUGCUAUAAAUACGUUUUAGGAGUAGUUGUCUGCUUUUCAGUCUUGGCCUCUGGUCUUUCGUUAAAGACAACGGGUAAGCAUGUAGAAGUGAUAUUAGUUUCUAUACAGACAGCGGCGAUCACUUAAGCCUUCAAUGCCUUCCUAGAUAACCAAAAGAUAGUCGCCGUUAGUAAGGUUGCGGCCAGUCACUGGAUCCUCUAGUGUUAUACGCUAUCAGAUAGAUGAAAAAGCAAAGGGCCUCCCCGACGAUACCUCCAAGAUGCCUUUUUU